CAGGGCUGUGCCCUGCCUGCACCCUGGGGGCACACAUGGGCUCAGUCAAGCCCCAGACAUUUCAUUUAAAAACAGAAGUGAAAGGAAGAUGAGGAAGGGUGAGGAAGACAAGGUUCCUGAAAGGGUUAGUCUGACUUAGACUGGCUAUAAAAAUGUGAUUGGCUGUGACUUGGCUUGGCCAAAGUGCAGCCAGAAUGUCUUCUCUCUCCAUCCAGUGCAUUUGCUAUUUUGGCUAAAAGGAGACAAGCGACACUCUGCCCUUCCAGAGCAAAGAUGGAGCAACAGGAUCAGAUCAAGAAGGAAGGGAGGCUGACGCUUGUGCUCGCCCUGGCCACCCUGAUAGCUGCCUUUGGGUCAUCCUUCCAGUAUGGGUACAACGUGGCUGCUGUCAACUCCCCAGCAGAGUUAAUGAAACAAUUUUACAAUGAGACCAACUAUGACAGAACCGGUGAAUUCAUGGACGACAUCCCCCUGACGUUGCUGUGGUCCGUCACUGUGUCCCUGUUUCCCUUUGGAGGUUUUGUUGGAUCCCUCCUGGUUGGCCCCUUGGUGAAUAAAUUAGGCAGAAAAGGGGCCUUGCUGUUCAACAACAUAUUUUCCAUCGUGCCUGCGAUCUUGAUGGGAUGCAGCAAAGUUGCCGGAUCAUUUGAGCUCAUAAUUGUUUCCAGACUUUUGGUGGGAAUAUGUGCAGGUGUGUCUUCCAACGUUGUCCCCAUGUACUUAGGGGAGCUGGCCCCUAAAAAUCUGAGGGGGGCGCUCGGAGUAGUACCCCAGCUCUUGAUCACUGUUGGCAUCCUUGUGGCCCAAAUCUUUGGUCUUCGAAGUCUCCUCGCAAACGAUAAAGGCUGGCCGAUCCUGCUGGGGCUGACCGGGGUCCCCGCGGCGCUGCAGCUCCUGCUGCUGCCCUGGUUCCCCGAGAGCCCGCGCUACCUGCUGAUCCAGAAGAAGGACGAGGCGGCGGCGGGCACGGUCGUGCUCAUGGCCGGCCAGCAGCUGUCGGGGGUGAACGCGAUCUACUAUUACGCGGACCAGAUCUACCUGAGCGCCGGCGUGAGCGAGACCGAUGUCCAGUACGUGACGGUCGGCACCGGGGCUGUCAACGUGGUCAUGACGCUCUGUGCCGUGUUCGUGGUGGAGUUCCUGGGCAGGAGGCUCCUGCUGCUCCUGGGGUUCACCGUGUGCUUCGUAGCCUGCUGCGUGCUCACAGCCGCGCUGGCCCUGCAGGACACGAUCACCUGGAUGCCUUACGUCAGCAUCGUCUGUGUCAUCUCCUACGUCAUAGGACAUGCCCUUGGGCCCAGUCCCAUCCCGGCGCUGCUCAUCACCGAGAUCUUCCUGCAGUCCUCCCGGCCGGCCGCCUUCAUGGUGGGGGGCAGCGUCCACUGGCUCUGCAACUUCACCGUGGGCCUGGUCUUCCCAUUCAUCCAAAAGGGCCUCGGCGCCUACAGCUUCAUCAUCUUUGCUGUGAUAUGUCUCCUCACCACCAUCUACACCUUCAUGAUUGUCCCCGAGACCAAGGCCAAGACAUUCAUUGAGAUCAAUAAGAUUUUCACCAAGAUGAACAAGGUGUCAAGCACCUACCCAGAAAAGGAGGAACUGAGAGUCUUUCCACCUGUCGUUACAGAACUGUAGCUCAGGGGAGAGGAGCCUGUCUAGUGGCUCUGUGCAGGGCUUCCCCUCUGGCCUUUUUUCCCCGACUUCUAGUUGUCUGAAUAUCCAGAAAUAAGACAAGCUAGUGUCAAACGCCAUCCUCCUCUCUGGCCUAUCCCUGCCCAGAGGGGACUAUCCAAAGGGCUUCUGUGCUAUCCUGAGAGCCGGGCUGGCCUGUCACCGGCCCUGAGUCAAGUGAACAGCUGUCCCUCAACCCUGCCGGGCUGGCCAUCGUGUGGCUCCUGGUAACACAGCUUUUAUAACAAAGAUAGUUACUAUGGUGGCAAGAAAGAAGGAAUCAGAUUUUUCCAGAGAAACUAACUCUUCUCUGUGGCCCCCACGGGUGCUCUGAGAGCCAUGGGCAUUUGUUUAGAGCUGAAUUCUUCCUCUGAUCAGAUCUUGCUCCAAAAAUACUUGUCUUGGAAGGUGUGAUGUCAAACAUAGGGACAUCCAGAAAGCUGAAGUACAGGUCCCUGUGGAGACAUUAACUGAGUCAGAAUUAUUAAUCAUAAAUUAUAUUGUUAGUGGACAAUGGACUUGCUUCUGUAUAGCCAAUAAAACAAACCUGAUCACUUUUCA